AUGGUAGGGUGGAUACGUUUUGUCGAUCGAGCUGGUACUGUCAUCGUCAGAAAAGCUCCCAACGGCCGUUGUGGUAGUUUAAAAGCUGGAUGGAUACUUGGCGUCUAUCCGACAGAACCUGGAACAACGUCACUUAGCACUUUGUGUUACGUCGAUGAGAUUGGUAAUCCUUGUUCAUCAUCUAAACCAAUUCGCAGCACACAUUGUGGUGAUUUCUUAGUGUUUGAACUACCUGAUCCACCAACUUGUCCUGUAUGCGCUUGUACAGAUGACUACGAACUUCAUUAA